GAGGAGGAGGAGAGGAAGAAGAGGCGGCGGGCGGCGGGCGGCGUCAUGGCGAGCAGCGGUCGGAGGCCCGAGCACCGCGGCCCCCCCGAGCUGUUUUACAACGAGGAUGAAGCUCGGAAGUACACGCAGAACUCCAGGAUGAUCGGCAUCCAGACCCAGAUGUCAGAGCGGGCCGUGGAGCUUCUGGCCUUGCCCGAGGAGCAGCCCUGUUUCCUCCUGGAUAUCGGCUGCGGGUCGGGACUGAGCGGCGACUUCAUCUCCGAACAGGGGCACCACUGGGUGGGCAUCGACAUCAGCUCCGCCAUGUUGGAUGUGGCCGUGGAACGAGAAGUGGAGGGAGACCUGCUGCUGGGGGACAUGGGCCAGGGCGUCCCCUUCCGGCCGGGCACCUUUGACGGCUGCAUCAGCAUCUCGGCGGUGCAGUGGCUGUGCAACGCCGACAAGAAGAGCCACAAUCCGGCCCGGCGCCUCUUUCGGUUUUUCUCCUCCCUCUACGCAGCUCUGGUGAGGCCGCCCGAGCCGUCCUUGCAGCUGUACCCCGAGAACGCGGAACAGCUGGAGCUGAUCACCGCCCAGGCCAUGAAGGCCGGCUUCCAGGGAGGAUUGGUGGUGGAUUACCCCAACAGCACCAAAGCCAAGAAGUUCUUCCUGUGUCUGUUUGCCGGGGUGGGAGGUCCACUGCCUGAGGGCCUGGGCAGUCAGUGUGCCGAAGGAGAAGAGCUGAAGGAGUCCAAAUUCUCCAGAGAAAGGCAGCGGUUCAAGACGGCCAAGGGCAAGUCGGUGAAGAAGAGCCGAGACUGGGUGUUGGAGAAGAAGGAACGGCGGAGGCGGCAGGGCAAGGAGGUGCGGGCUGACACCCGCUACACCGGCCGCAAACGGAGGCCUCGCUUCUGAGCCGGGGCCGCGGCGGGGAGGCGACGCUUGGGCCUCGGCCUCCUCCCCGCGGGGAGACUCAGGACUGUUCGCCGGGAGGGAGGGCGGGCGGCACGGAACGUGCCGCGGGGCCAACCGGGCCCCGCCCUCGCCGUCGGACCCGACGGAGCGGGAGCCGUCGCCGGUCUGCCUGAGGUGUCGCUCCUGGCUGGCCGGGGCCCGUUGGCUUCCCGUCACGGUCCUUGGUCUCGAAAAAAACCCGGGUUUCCAAGUGGCGGGUUUGGGUGGACGGGACCUCCCCGGCCGGCGUUGGGAGGAGGGGAAGGGCGGGAGCAGUGCUUCCCGGUCUCCUGCCCCAGUGAGGCACCAGGAGCCAGGCCCGGGAUGGAUACAAAUGUUUAUUCUACAUAAAAAUUUCACAAAAUG